AUAUUUCUCACGCUGAAACAAUGUGGCAGAAGAACGAGAGACUCUCUCUCUGCAACAAUGUUCAUUCUCUUGUCCUGGCGCAUAACAGCCUAGACGGCGCUUUUGGAUACUACCAUUGUUCCUUAUCCUUAUUAUUCUACCUACACACUCUUGGACUUAACUCUCUCAUUCCUUUAGCUUGGUUUGGUGCACAACUACACUCGGGGUUGUCUUGGAACUACGCUGAGCCUUAAGCUAUGCGUUCAACCCUGAGACCACCCCCCCUUCAAAUCUACGAGCACCCUGCUGCUCAUUUUGUCUCGCCAUCUUCACCUAUAUUCCUCGCGUCACCUUCUACCAUCAUGACUUCCCCGCGCGUGUCCACGUCUGCUACACCACGCAAGAGUCGGCUUCUGUUAAGGAUAACGCCCCCUCUGUCCCCUGUAACAGAGCUUGACGAGACACGUCGAUUUCGCUCCUUGUUCUCUGACCUCGAUACAUUCAAAUCGGGGUGGUAUAACGAAGAUAGCGACAAUGACAACGCUGAAAAGGGACGGAGAGAGGAAGACAACUUGACAGAUCUCGGUCAUGAGCUUUCGAAUGUUCAGAUUAUCCAUUAUUCUAGAGCCGAUAUGAUGAAGUCUCCGACCACUCCCCUCUUCCAAUAUCUUCGCUUCGAGUCCAAUGAUCCAGCUGCAAUGGUUGGCAAACAUGGCACUGACAUCACGCGCGAAGAAGGGACACAGAGCCCUCCGUCAAGCGAGUCUGCUCGGUCGAGUGUGUCCUCUAUUAGUGGCCUUCUUUCUGAUUUUCCAAUGCCUCCCUCCGCCGUACCUCCGGCUCAGUCGCACCCCGCUCUCCCACAAUUUUCUUCAGCAUGUGCCACGUCGGGUCCGGAGAAAACUCUCCCAUCUCCCGUCUCGCCUGUUAAGGGAAACACAGUCAGGGGACAACUUGGGCAACCAGCGCCGCAUUUACCAUCGCGCGCUUCAGGGUUUCGUGAUGAUGCAUUUCUGAACCCAAGACCCGCUCCGAGACCACCUGCGCGCUCAGUUUCCACACCCAACCUCAAACUAGCAGCGAUCGAAUUAACAUUACCGUCCACCCAGUUUUCGCUUGACGCGUCGACUUCGCGUGGUCUUGCAUCUCGUAGAGCGGUCAAGAGACCUGCGAAACUCGAACAUAUUCCUCCUCCGGAAACGCACGUUAUUAUCGAUAGGAACACCUCUUCUUCCUCAUCUGCAUCGUCUAUGGAAGAAAUGGCUCAACAUCCGCAAAUUGCAGCGCCAGUAGUCAACGCACCUCGCUCUCCUUCACGACGACGAACGUGUAUUCCAACAGAGACGAGCGUGAAUUCGCCCUGGAGAGAAACUAUAGACGCGCUUUACACAAAACCACCCGUCCCGCCCAAACCUACACAUUUCCUUCCCCUGACGCCAGGACCUUCGACCAUGCAAUCUCGGGGUUUAAGUCCAAAGCGCGUGAACACUCUGCCAAUAACAUCCGCAACAUCUUCGUCAUCUAUCCUACCAAUGAAACCUGCGACACCGAUAUCGCUAAAUGCGACUGUGCCGAGAGGGAUACUCAAGAAUCGGCUUCACGCCUCUACUCCACUGCCCCCGCCCACCCCAUCGCUUUCAUCCCAUCCAUACCAACCUCAUACACCAUCCGCAGCGACCCCUUCGCCGCGUCAUCCCCCUUCUCGUUCCCAUCCAUUGUCUCCAAUAUCCCUUCCCACGUCCUUUUCAACACCCCCUUCAGCAAUUCCUUCCACUCCAUCCCCUCUUACGCCACCCAAUACUCCCUACACGCCCCCUUACGAUCGAACGCCCAUAAAGAAGCCUCCAACACCACCAAAGUCGUACGUGAUACCAUCCCCACCCUCCAGUUCGUCGGUUGGGUCUUCUUCGCUAUCUUCGUCCUUCUCAGAGUCUGAGUCAUCCGGAUCGGAAACGAAGCAUGAUAUUGCACGAAAAAUGAAGACUCAUUCAAGACUGGGUUCUAGAGGAACUCAGGAGAGUAUAAGGGUGCGGUACCUUCGACGUGGGGCAUCAACCUCUUCGAGAUCGUCUUUGGAAAGUGUCGCUGAAGGUGAAGGGAGAAGUACGAGUCGGGCGGGAAGUAGGAUGAGUUCUGGCUCUGUGUCUAGUGUGAGUAGACAUAGCAGUUCGAGUUCGAGAAGUGUGAGUGGGUUACCUGCGAGGAGUGCAAUUCCUCUUGCGCUUCUGAUCCGAUGAACGACGGAAUUUGUGUUGUUGUACCCACCCUCAAAUGAGUGGUUGUGCUCCUCCGAGAUGUUUCGCUUCUUUACUUUCAUACUUUUUUCUUUUAAAACAGUACGUGCUUGCUUGUUCUUUUUCCUCUACUCAUAGCCUUCGAUCGUGUUUUCACCACAACAGACUUGGUGUCUGUUUUUAUAUUCAACUUUAUACUCCAAACUUACCGACUUCACCCGCCCACUGUCCACGUCUACAUUACUCGCACCACUGUUUACUAUUACAACUGCACCACACUUCUAUCGGCGUAACAAUCAACCGCGAUUUUCUCAACUUCUAGCUGCAGU